UUUUUCCAGGAUAGAAAAAGCGUUUUUCCUAUAUUUUUUCCCUUCCUUUUCGUAUUUGUAUGUUAUUUUUAGAAAAUUACCUUAUAUGGUCAUUUUUAACCCAGCAUUGGGAAAAUCAUCAUGGAAUCCGAUGGAACCACUAUAAAGCAUUAUUUGCAUUGGAAUUGGGGUGGUCAUUUUUUUGUGGAUUGAUGUCGGUACGGAUAGCAUAAUCACAUUGGUGAGUAAUUUAUGGGAGACCUUACUUAUUUCGAGCACAUACAAUAUAACAUGAAAGUUAAGGAAGAGGCAAGCAAAUCAGAAAGUAGCCCAGGGGGUUCACCUAGCAUUAAACAAGAGCCAGUUGGUGUUGUGGAAGAACAAAAGGAGAAAGACCAGCUGGAUCUGUAUGCAGAUCAUGAAAUCAAGGAAGAAUUGGUCAUAGGACCUGUGGUGUUGCAGCCUGUUGAUUUAGUUCAAAAAAGGUGUGCGCAGAAUACAUCUGAUGGGUUGAAUGUUGAUACUCAACCAUAUAAAUGUGAUAUUUGUACUAAAUGUUACACAAAUAAACACCAUUUUAAGCAUCAUAAAACAACUCAUGCUAGAGAGAAGCCAAACCAAUGUAAUAAAUCUGUUACAGCAAAUUGUUAUAAACAUUUAAGGACUAAUAUGGAAGAGAAACAGCACAAAUGUGAUAUUUGCCAUAAAUGGUUUACAAGUGCAUAUAUACUGAAAGCUCAUAUAUUGACUCAUACUGGAGAGAAACCAUACAAAUAUGAUCACUGUCACAAAUCUUUUGUGCGUAAAGCAGAUUGUGAAACACAUUUGAAAACUCAUACUGGAGAGAAACCAUACAAAUGUGAUAUGUGCAAUAAACUUUUUGCAACAAAAUUUCUUGCUAAACGUCAUAUAAUGGUCCAUACUGGAGAGAAACCAUUCAAAUGUGAUCACUGUGACAAAUCUUUUGUCCGUAAAGCAGAUUGCGUUACACAUUUGAAAACUCAUACGGGAGAGAAACCAUAUAAAUGCGAUAUUUGCAAUGAAUGUUUUACAAGAAAACGGGAUCUUAAAACACACAUAAUGGUCCACACUGGAGAGAGGCCAUACAAAUGUGGUCACUGUAACAAAUCCUUUGUCCGAAAAGCAUAUUGGGAUUUACAUUUAAAGAUUCAUACUGGAGAGAAACCUUAUAUAUGUGAUAUCUGCAGUAAAUGUUUUAUAAGAAAGUAUGAACUUAAGUGUCAUAUUAUGGUGCAUACUGGCAAGAAACCAUAUGAGUGUGAAAUCUGCAAUAAAUGUUUUAUAAGGAAACAUCAAUUUAAGCGCCAUAUGAUAUCCCAUACUGGUAAGAAACCAUACAAGUGUGAUAUCUGCAAUGACUGUUUUAUAACAAAAUAUCGACUUCAAUGUCAUACAAUAUCCCAUACUGGUAAGAAACCAUACGAGUGUGAAAUCUGCAAUAAAUAUUUUAUAAAAAAAUAUCAACUUAAGUGUCAUAUAAUGGCUCAUAGUGAUAAUAAACCAUACAAGUGUGAUAUUUGCAAAAAAUGUUUUACAACAAAAUAUAAACUUAAUUUUCAUGUGAAGGUCCAUGCAGAGAAACCAUACAAAUGUGACCACUGUAACAAAGCUUUUACUUUUAAAGCAAAUUGUGAAAGACAUUUCAAGAUUCAUAUUAGAGAGAAACCUUACAUUAAUUCAGGUACUUAAGUGCCAUAUCACGACACAUACUGAUGUGAAAUUGUCAUAAAGUGGAACUCCUAAUUCACAAAAUGUUGUGUGUAGCUGGCGUCUGAAAACAAAUUUACUUACUCAGUUAUAAUGGACUUUAACUUUAAACAAAUACAUGGUUCGUAUUCUGUAGCUAUACCAUGACAAGUAAAUCUCACCUCAUUUAUUGAAUACAUGUGGCCCUGUAAUCAUAUUUUUAAUAUUAACAAACAAACAAUUACUACAGGCUUAUUGUUUAGCCGAGUCUGUUCCCGUGGUAGCAGCGUGGUGCGUGAGGAGUGACAGUUUAUGUAACAGCUCUGCAAAUGGGAUAAUUUCAGCAAGAUUUUUCCGACGAUGUUUAAUAACAAGUUGAUUGAAAAAAGUGCUAUAGGACUAGUCUAUUCAUUUCAAUUAUUAAGUAAUUAGUUUUUUUUAUUAUCAUUUUCUGAAGUUUGGCAAUUUAGUGAAGGUUGGCAGUCAGCUCAGCAUAUUUAUCUUUAUACCUGGCGAGGCUGAACAGUUGGGCGGCACUUUCUAUUCCAGUCCACUCUCGUAUGUUCCGCACGAUUUUUUCCUACAAUCAGCUUUCCUUUUACCAGGGACUUUUCCCAUCAUUAUCAGUUGCAGAAGCUCGUAACUGUCAUGCCUAAGUACAUGACCCAGUUAUGCAACUUUUCUCUGUUUGAUGGUCUGCAAAAGUUUACGCUUCUGUCCAACUAGUUGCAGAACUUCAUCAUUAGUGACUUUCUGAGUCGGUUUCUGAGUACGGUUUGCUAGGAGACGUCGGUUCGAAUCCGGCCGGAUCGAAGGAAUUUUUUCCAAGUGUUCGAUCUUUGUACUCGAAUUCUUUAAAUAAAUUUACUUGUUCUUAAAGGAGAAUUUUGAGUUCUAUCUUUUGCUAUUUGAAACGGAUAUUUGACCAUUAGUCACUCAGCCGCGUUUCAGUUAGUGGACGGCAAAAAUAACGAAAGGGCUACUUGUAGCUAUAUUUUUCAUGCCAGGUUAACCCAAGAUGGCGGACACGACUUUUCAAGUGAAUGCAAUAUGGGUGUCAUUUUCGAGGUGUUUCGCGGUGCUCAUUACGAAUAUGGCACUAAUUUCUAAAUCCAAGAUGGCGGACACGAUUUUUCAAAUAACGGCAAGUUGGGUAUCG